CUUCCACCAAAACAUUGAGCAGCAGACCAGUUUGUCAACAACUGUGCAAAGAGGUGUGACACCGAGCCAACUUCCUCAGCGUCUACCGAGUAAAUUUUGUUGCUAAACCAAACCAUCGCUCUCCUGUCCGGUAGACAGGCCGUCUCAAUGCAUUACAGAGGACCGAAAACAUCGCGGGGAUCAUGGAUGUGUCCGAUUUGUUUAGCAGCUGCAAAAAGGGCGACAUUUGUAGAGUCAGAUACCUUGUUGAACAAAGAGACGUGGAGCUCAAUGUAAGAGAUAAAUGGGACAGCACCCCUUUGUAUUAUGCUUGUCUCUGUGGUCAUGAGGACCUGGUCGAGUACCUGCUGGCUAGUGGUGCCAAGUGUGAGGCCAACACGUUCGAUGGCGAGCGGUGUAUGUACGGCAGUCUGAGCGAUUCUGUUCGACGCCUGCUCAAAGAUUACAAGUGUAUCAGUGUCCAAGCCAUGCAGCGGGAUGAUUUUAACUACUUUCUGCACACGUUACUGGAGCAGGGUCAACACAGCGACGUGAAGUUCCUCGUUCAUGGGCAGAUAUUCACGGCUCACCGUUGUGUUCUCAGUGCGCGCUCAGAGUACUUCACCGAAAUGUUUGAGACCAAAUGGAAAGGGAAGAACUUGAUCACCCUCAAACACCCUCUGAUCAAUCCUGCAGCCUUUGGAGCCAUCCUGCAAUAUUCAUAUACAGGACGUAUGGAUAUUGAUAUAAGCCUUGUGGAGGACUGCAGACGACUUGCUAAGCAGUGCAGAAUGGACGAUCUGAUAGAGGAGCUGGAGAAUAAGUGCAAACAGGUCUAUGAGUUUGUAUCCAACAAGCCAGGAAUCUGUGUGAAGGUUCUCAGCCUGGAGCCUCACAGCUGUCAACUUCAGGAGGAGAUGGCUCAGUUGGCAGACUGUGCACUUCCCAUUGAGUUAAGAGUUGGAUUUGAUGAGCUUCCCUUUAACAGAGUCGACCGCUUCCCCACUUAUCCUGACAUCUGCUUCAGAGUCAACGGUUACAACUUCUUGUGCCAUAAGGCAUUUUUCUGUGGACGUAGUGAUUAUUUUAAAGCCCUGCUGGUAGAUCACUUCAGUGAGGGAGAGCAGCUGCAGUCCCAGCCCAGCACCCCAGUGAUUACUUUGCACAACAUUUCCCAUGAGAUAUUCAUCCACGUCAUGUAUUACAUCUACACUGAUGACACAGAGCUAAUAACAGAUAUCGUGUUUGACGUGCUGUGCGUGGCUGACAUGUAUCUACUGCCGGGGCUGAAGCGUAUAUGUGGGAAGGCGCUCGCCAAGACUAUAUGUGAAGACAACGUUAUUUACAUGUGGAAGAUGGCAAAGCUUUUCCGUCUCUCUCGCCUGGAGGAUCACUGCACAGAGUUCAUGGCCAAGAUCAUUGAGCGGCUUGUGGAGCAGCCCGAGUUUGCAGAGCUCGUCAAAGAGGAUGCUGCGUCAUUGGAGGAACGUCACGAGACCGACUCUGUCCCCCUGGUGGACGAGAUCCGUUACCACAUCGCCGGCAACGUGCAGACUUACAGUGCCAUUGAGGAGGCCAAUCAGAAGUUGGAUGCCUUGGAGGAGCUGCUUACCACCAUCAACAUCAACUGCUGAGGAGUCAGCAGGUCAUUGCUUACAGCUGCUGCAGAGUUUGAAGUUUUUAAGGUGAUGCUUUGGGAAGGUGAUGGUUCAAACAUCUGUAGUAAUGAGAGAAAACAUAUGCGUCUGUGUGUUAGUAGGUUUUAUUUUAUUUACAGCAUACUGUACAGAAUAUAUAUUUUCCAAAGGAUUUUCUGAUGCAUUUUCAGAGAAAGCUCUCAAAAGUUUCUUUGAGUGAGACAAAAGGUAUUUGGCAUAAAGUACUGAAAGAUGGGUUUGCAGAAAGUGCAUAUGAUUUAUAUACUACAAAAUGUCUUUAAGUUACACAUUCAUGGAUCUAUUUUAGGCAUCAUUUGUAGCUGAUAGAAUUUGUACUAGCUUGUUUUAAAAUGUACUUUUGCCCCAACGAAGUUCAGCACCAGCUCUCAUAUCAAACUCCAUGAACUUAUAUUUUUAUGCCAAACGAAAGCAUGCCAUGCACUGACACACUUAAUAACUAUGGGUCAAAGACAAACAGUACAGUGUGUUCACUUCAUUCACCCAGAAAAAUAAUUUUAGUCUCUAACUCCUCAUUUUAAGUUUUAAAGAUUGUAGCAUUAUGAUGUGUUUCAUGCGUAGAAGCAUACAGCAAUUAUUUUGAUUUUUGAUUUGAUUGGAUUUGUCAGCUGAACUUCACCACACUAUUCAACCUGUGACAUUCCUCCUUUGUGGCACUUACAGUUCUAAAACUGAACACAUUUUUGCUCUUUGUGUGAACCUAAAAUGGUAAACAUUUGAUGUCCUGCUCCCUUGUAUGACAGCAAACCUCUCUUCCCCUGUGUGUGCACAAGAAAAUAAUGCUGUUCCUAAACUGUUUGCAUGUAAAAUCCAGAGAUAUUCAGAUAUUCACUUCUCAGUUUCACCCGGCUCUUAUAAAAAUGUAUAAAUAACUGCUCUUGAUUUUGACAAUUAAAAGUGGUAUUGCAAGCA